AUGGCGGCGGCAGCGGCAAGGGAGCUGGCGAGAAUGCUGCAGCAGCAAUCGGAAGCGGUAGCAGCAGAAGCAGCAGCAGCAGCAGCAGCAGCAGCAGCAGCCAGGGUUCUUCUACGGGGCUUGAGAAGGCCGCCACUCGAUCAGCACCAGCAGUCAGUGCUGCAGCAGCAGCAAAACCUGCUGCUGCUGCAGCUGCUGACGCAGCAGCAGCUGAACCUGCUGCUUCUGAGGCUCCGCGUGUCUCCUCCAGCUUGCAAGCAUCCCCUGCUGCUGCUGCUGCUGCUGCUUGCCGUCAGCAGAAAGGCAGCAGCAGCAGGGGCCGGCAGCUGUCUCCGCGGGGCCCCCGGCUGCGGUGUCUGUCUCCAGUGUCUCCACUGUGGGGCCCCACAGCUGCUUCAGCAGGGCUGCUGCAGCACAGCAGCAGAGGCUCCCGCAGCGCCUCAGUGCAGGCAGCAGUCUCCGAAGCAGCAGCAGCAGCAGCAGUUGCUCGCAGGGCCUCUUCUGCUGCUGCUCUCCCUCCCCUGGGCACUUCGCUGCCUCCGGAGCUGCUGGCCGUCCCCCUGCAGCAACAGCAGCAGCAGCAGCAGCAGCAAAACGACCAGCAGGCAGCAACGGGGCUCGCAGCAGCAGAACUGGAGCAGCAGCUGCAGGUGCUGCGCGCAGCUAACAACCUCAGGCUCUCCCUGAACCUUGUCGUCGCCGCCCAGGAGCAGCAGCAGCAGCAACAGCAGGAGCAGCAAGACCAGCGACAAACUACUCAGGAGCCGCAGCAGCAGGAGCCGCAGCAGCAGGAGCUGCAGCAGCAGCAACAAGGGGAAGCCCAACACAGGCGCUGUUCGCCAGUAUCUCAGAGCGCGCCAGCAGCAGCAGCACCAGCAGAAACCGCAGCAUCAACAGCAGCAGAAACAGCAGCAACAGCAGCAGGCCCAGCAGGUGCAGCAGUCGCAGCAGGACCUGCUGCUGGAGACACUAGCAGCAGCCUUGCUCGUGGCUUCGCGUCUCUGGGGCAGCAGCAGCAGCAACUGCAGCAGCAGCAGCAGCAGCUGAUGGACACCCACUAUGUGGCUGCGGCGACUCUGCCCCCGCAAGUGUCAGAGGAAGCUCCGAGCAGCUGCUGA